GUGUGUGUGUGUGUGUGUGGGGGGUGUUGCCUGUGACUGGAUGGCUGUGAGUUGGCUGCUGCGCUGUGUGGAUGGAGGGUUCCCCCUGACGUUACAGUGCAGUUGGCGGCUCCUCUCCAACAGAGAAAGAGAGUAGAGUGAGUGGAGGGGGAGAGAGAGAGAAGAGAGAAGAGAGUGUGUGAGAGAGAGAGAGAGAGAGAGAGAGAGAGAUCCCUGGGAACUUUCGGCUUGGACUGGACCUGGAAAGGAGAGAGAGAGAGAGAGAGAGAGAGAAAGAGAAGAAGAAAAAGAAGAAGAAGAAAGCAAGAAAAAAACACCAGGAGGUGGUGCAAUUUCAGAAAGACAAAACACAUCCCAUCUGAGGAUCGCUUGAAGCAGAUGGACUACUGUCACUGAGUUGCAGCUUCUAUGUGGCUUAUAGUACAUCUGUGACGUGAUUCCCCAUCGACUGUGGUUUGACAUUUUCAUCCUUAAUGCUCCGGCUUGCAACAAGUGGUCAACAAAAUCGGUUGAAGAUGUAGUUUUCGAUUACACAACUGCUGUGUACUAUCACUUUACCACUCCGAACCAGAUGAUGAGGUAAAAUGCAUUCAGGGACUGAUCACACAAGCAACAGAUUUGCUUCAUCCAUCUUUGAUACUAGAGCCUCCUUAAAGAAGCCUCCUUUGUUAUUUUACGAGGCUGACCAGCAACCAAUGAACCUACUUGCAACACUGGAGGUGAAAGGGGAACGUCAGUUUAGAUGGAGUGGACACAUUUUUGCUUGGAGGGCAAAACUGGGCACCCUCUUCCUGGGUGUAAUAAUCCUGUCCUUAGUAAUGGCGUCUUACAUCUUGACUAGAGACCAACAGAAAUUGCUGCUGACUCCAUCCCCAUUCCAGCACAGCAUAGUAAUGAAUAGCCAAGGAUUUCCAGGCUUAGUCUCUGCAGACAUUAAGAGUGAAACCAAUCGACUUGCCUCAUUAUUUAAUCAUUUAGAAAGAACUGCUUAUUCCAAAUCUGAACUUCUCAUUGAAACAAAAGAUUCCAAACUCAAGCUUAUGCCAAGAAGACUGCCAAAGACCGAUGAUCUUAUUAAACAAGAGGCACAUAUGUUCUCUAUCAUUCCAAAGACAUUUCUUCAAAAUGUCAAGAACCCUUGUUGGUAUGGAAAAUACACAGGAACCGCAUCCAUGGAUCCUUACAAGAAUAAUGCAUACUUUAAACACACGAGGCAUUUCCAAACUGUAUUUGACUACUUAAGGAAGAUAAUUUGGAAACACUUGCAACACCGUGGUGAUCAGCACUAUCGCCUGCGCUGCCUUCCCUAUUUCUACAUUAUAGGGCAGCCAAAAUGUGGGACCACAGAUCUCUACAAUAGACUCAGGUUGCACCCAGAUAUUAGCUUUUCCAUUGUCAAAGAGCCUCACUGGUGGACAAGAAAAAGGUUUGGCAUUAUUCAGCCGUUGAAUGGGUACCAUGAUCGAUAUCAAAUAGAAGAUUAUCUGGAUCUGUUUGAUCUGGCAUCACAUCAGAUUCAGAAUCACAUAGCCAACUCAACUGUUGAAGAGCAAAUCAACAGCAGCAUGGUCAUUGGUGAGGCCAGCGCUUCCACAAUGUGGGAUAAUAACGCUUGGCGGAAUUUCUAUGCUCCAACUGCUGAUGGUGAACCUCCAUUUUUAAUUCAGGAUUUCCUUCAUGCUGUUUAUCCAGGUGCUAAGCUUAUCGUUAUGCUAAGAGACCCCGUUGAGAGGCUGUAUUCUGAUUACUUAUAUUUCAUAAGUGGGAACAAGUCUGUGGAGGACUUUCAUGACAAGGUAACUGAAUCGCUGGAAAUAUUUGACAAUUGCUUGAUACACACUUCCCUCAGAACCUGCAUCUAUAACUGCACUGUGAACUCAGCCUUGCCCGUAAGAUUGCAAAUUGGCCUGUACGUGGUUUUCUUGUGGGACUGGUUCUCUGUUUUUAACCGGGACCAAUUUCUCAUUCUUCGACUAGAGGAGCAUGCAGCUGAUCUGAAGCACAGUAUGCACAAAGUCUUCGACUUUUUGAACUUGGGAAGCUUGUCAGAGCAAGAAGAGGCAGGCAUCAUAAACAAGCCAGCGUCAAACACCAGGCGCCCCAAAGACAAAAGCCUUGGACCUAUGUUGCCAGAAACCAGGAUGAUAUUGGAGGAAUUCUACGGGCCGUUUAAUGAAAAACUGGCUUUGCUACUCGACGAUAAUUCUUUCUUAUGGAAAAAGUAAACGCAGAAUAAAAUCCCCAAAUGUAACAUAUCAGAUGUUUAUUAAGUACCUUCCCGACCGUGUUGGCAUAUUAAACGAUACUGUAAUAAUCCAGUUUCAGAAAUUUAUUUUAAGUUUAUUUUUGAAAAUUGUAACCCGAGGACCUGUGCUAAAUUCUGCAAAAAAAAGUCAUCUUUGAAAUGUAGCCUCAAAUUAUUCCCUGGUGAUGGAGGAAAUGACUUAUGUAUAAGUUCUUUGUAUCUGACUCUGUGAAUAUCAUGAUGGGACACUCAACAUUCCUUAGUUUGUGGUGUAAAUAAGAAAUAAUUCCCUUGUGGUGGAGUUUUAAAUAUUUUGUAACCAAUUAUUAAAUAUUUUAUAGGAUUCUUUUGUUAUGUAUUCGGUGAAAAUGAAAUCAGACUUUCUUUCUAUUGUUGGCUAAACAUACGACCCUAUAAUGGUAAGAACUUUCAAGAAUAAUACCUCCUUAAAUACUCCAAUAGCUCGUCUACUCUAAUAACCGUGGUUAGAAUCAGGAUUCACAAUGGUUGCAAGAGUUAUUCUCUUUUAAUUUAUUUUUUUCGCUCCUUUUCCAUGUUGCUAUUCAAACUGCCGCUAAGUUUCUGAAGGAAUUCUUGUGUUCUGAACCCUCAUUUUUAACCAGUCCAGAUAAGUUGUCAAUGUUUUUCCUUUUUAAUUCUUUGUAUGUCUUCCUGACAAGUAAGCAAGUUGUCUGUCCUAAUUUCCUCAUUCUAGAUACAGUAGGGCGGAGCCCUGUAGCUCAGUGGUUAGAGCACUCGCCUUGCAAAAGAG